AUGUUCCCAAAUAACGACAUUCUUCUUCUCAUCAGUAAAUACGUCAACAAUCAGGGUGACAGACUUCGGCUCCUACUGGUAUGCCGUAAUUGGUACUCGUUACUUCUGCCGAAAGCCCACGAAACAAUCUCAGUUGACAGCCAUCAAAUUUAUUUUCUUGCUCGUUCUGUUCAACAAAAUCCUAAAACCGGAGCUGCCAUUCGGAACCUGCUCGCUUCAUGGAACGGCGGAGCGGGACCUGGGGACCAUUAUGAGGUGGACACACUCAGGAACAAUCUGAGACAGACAAGCGAGCCCGACGAGAAUCUUGACCACUGGGAGGCUGAUCUGCGGACAGGAUGCCCUGAUGCUUGGCUCGCUGUGUUCAUGCUGUCCCUGGAAUCUGUCAAAAGUAUAAACCUGAAAUUUUCAUAUUCGCCAUAUUUCCUGUCUAUGGUGGCGCGAAUUGCCGCCGACAAAAUCCAUUCAGCCCGAAACCAGUAUUGCAACAAUUGA